AUGACUGAGAUCACCUACGCCGUCGUGACUGCAGUAUGCUGCUUCAACGGUGUCUACAAGAUGGUCCACUGCUUCAAACACGGCGACACCUACAGCCGGCUGGUGAGCGACCUGAACGGCCUCGUAGCGCUACAGCGGCCUUACUGCGAAAGGGAUGCCACUCUCAUGGCAGUCUUCCAGGAGGUAUGCCGGAAGACCAAGCGGCUCACGAUUGGCUGCCUGACGUACAUGAGCGUCCUGGGGCAGAUGUGGUGCGUGCUGCCGCUCGUCUCGCCCGUGCCACCAGACAGCAGGGAGGACCCGAUGCCACUGGUCAGUCUCCCCGGGCUCCACAAGGAAAACCGUGGCUGGUAUUCAUUCAUUUACCUGCUGGAGUGCCACACCGUUUUCUACUGGAACUUCUCCAGCUUCGGCAUGGAUAUGUUCUUCGCCUCGAUCAUGAGCCACGUAACGGGGCAGCUCAAUAUCCUCAACAUGCGGCUGACACAGCUGAGACAGGAGGAGUCAGCAGAAGACCAGGUUCAGCCGUCCACGUGCACUGGAUUCAAUCUCAACAGAUUCAGUCGAGAUCAAGAGCAGAACGUCAAUGAUUCUACCAGAAUGUACAUCGAAUUGUGCGAGUGUGUGAAACACCAUCAAGCAAUAAUAAGGCAAGUUUACCGGUUUAAUUUUAUGUAUUACGUAAGUUUUCCUUAG